CAAGUAAUUUUCGAAUUGUGGCUAACUUCGUGUUUCAAGAAAAUACAAUAUUUAUACAAUUUCUGGCACAAAUCCUACGAUAAUUCAAAUUUUGAUAAAAUUUUAUGCUUUUAAAUGUAUGAUAGUGUUUAAUUAAAUAAGAAUUUGAUCUAUAGUUUAUUUUAUUUAAAGAGAUUAUCAAAUUCGAUCUUUAGAGGUUAUGUUUCAGUGUUUCAUUUAGUUUCGUAAGCUAGACACUACUUACAUACGUGUUAUUAAUUUCCCUCAGUAUUUUAUGUUAGAGACCAUACCAAUCAUAUGAUAAAAUCGUUCUAACGUUACACCGUUGUGUCAACUAAAACAAAGCCUGACAUCGUAUCAGCAAUGGCUAACUGGGAAGAGAAGAAACAACUUAUCACGCGUAAUCUACAGGAAGUUUUAGGAGAUGAAAAACUUACCGAAAUAUUGAAGCAGAGGGAUUUGAAAAUAUAUUGGGGAACUGCGACAACCGGUCGUCCUCAUGUGGCCUAUUUUGUGCCCAUGUCCAAGAUUGCUGACUUUUUAAAAGCUGGUUGUGAGGUAACAAUAUUGUUUGCCGAUUUACAUGCAUAUUUAGAUAAUAUGAAAGCUCCAUGGGAACUUUUAGCUCUUCGCACAGAAUACUAUGAAAAUGCAAUCAAAGCUAUGCUGCAGAGUAUUGGGGUGCCACUUGAGAAACUUAAAUUUGUUAGGGGUACUGAGUACCAGCUUAGUAAGGAAUAUACACUGGAUGUGUACAGAUUUUCAUCAGUUAUAACUGAGCAUGAUGCUAAAAAGGCUGGAGCGGAGGUAGUGAAACAAGUAGAACAUCCUUUAUUGAGUGGCUUGUUAUAUCCUGGACUUCAAGCUUUAGAUGAGGAAUAUUUAAAAGUUGAUGCACAAUUUGGUGGUGUUGAUCAAAGGAAAAUAUUUACAAUGUCCGAGAAAUAUCUUCCACAGCUUGGUUAUGCUAAAAGAAUACAUCUUAUGAAUCCCAUGGUCCCAGGUUUGACUGGUGGUAAAAUGUCGGCCUCAGAGGAAGACAGUAAAAUUGAUCUUUUGGACAACCCAGCUAAUGUAAAGAAGAAACUCAAGAAGGCAUUCUGUGAACCUGGUAAUAUCUCUGAUAAUGGUGUUUUGUCCUUUACCAAGUAUGUAGUUUUCCCAUUGCUAAAGGAAGGGGAGACUUUCAUUAUACACAGAGCACCUGAACAUGGUGGUGAUUCUCAUUUCACUAACUUUGAAGAUUUAGAAGCAGCAUUUGGAAAACAAGACAUUCAUCCUGGUGACUUGAAAGCAUCUGUAGAAGCUGCAAUAAAUAAACUUUUGGCUCCAGUUCAAGAUAUAUUCAAAGACCCUAAACUUCAAGAGCUAACUAAGAAAGCUUACCCGCCUCCAACAAAAGCUAAAGGGAAUGCAAGUAAUGCCGCAGAUGAAAUAACUCCAGGUAGAUUGGAUAUCAGGGUAGGACGUAUUGUAGAGGUCUCAAGACAUCCUGAAGCUGAUACUCUUUAUGUAGAAAAGAUAGACUUAGGUGAAGAAGAACCUAGGACAAUAGUUUCUGGGUUAGUCAAUUUUGUACCUAUUGAAGAGAUGGUUAAUCGGGAUGUAGUUGUCCUAUGUAACUUAAAACCAGCUAAAAUGCGUGGUGUAGAAUCAAAAGGAAUGGUCCUAUGUGCAUCCAUAGAUGAACCUAAACAAGUUGAACCUCUGUUUGCUCCAGAAGGGAGUAAACCUGGAGACAGGAUAAUCAUUGAAGGAUAUGAGACUGCUACACCUGAUGAGGUUUUGAACCCCAAAAAGAAGGUUUGGGAAAAACUUCAAGUUGAUUUGAAAACCACCGAAAGUCUCGUAGCAGUGUGGCAAGGAAAUAGUUUGAUAAGCAAGGUCAACAGCAAUCCUGUUACAACUAAGUCUCUUAAAAAUGCACCAAUAAAAUAAAAUUGUCAUGUAUUAAUUCUGAUACAGUAUCAACAAACUUGUUAUAUAUGUUUUGCUUUUAUCGCUUUGUAAAUUGGAUAAUCAUAAAAACUUGAAUUAUUUAUUUUAAUGCAAAUAUACAUUUUAUUAUUUUUAUUAUGUGGCA